GUAGAUUAGGAGAACAAAUGGACCAUUAACUUAUUGAAGACAAACAAGAUUAGGACCACUAUUCAUAUUUGCAAAAAGUUAAGGGGGGCAAUGAGAUAAAUUGAAUAUAACUUUCUUACCAACAAUUUAUAUAGUUAACUCCUCAAAAGACUGCCCCCACACUAAUACAUGUAGCGCUUCCUCUAAGCUUGGAGUACAUGUCUAGGUGAUGGAUGCAAAUAUAUCACCUCGGGAUCUACCAACUGCAUACCAAAAGGGUGGCUUAACAUACGAGCCUCUCGUCAAUAUCAGAGUGAUCUACAAGCCUCCUCUUAAUGUGGAGUCUGAAGAAGACAAAAUAUUCAUGAUCUUAUUUCUGAACGUAAAGAGAUUAUUUCUCCAACCAACUAGAUAUGGUAUGAGUUAAAUCCCAUAGUUCUCCAAAUCCUACUGUAGAUGUGAAAUACUAGUGAAAUCUCUCUCCUCAAUCCUCCCUUUCUCCCAUGAACCAAAAAUCAUGGGG